AGGUUGCAUAUGAUUAGAUAUUUUAGCCUCUUUUUAUAUUGCCCCCUCCACUGGGUCGCAGUGAGGAUGAAAGGCCUCUUACACGCCACCAUUUGCAGUCUUUUACUGACUGAACAUUUCGAGUGGACGGCACAUGGUUCAAAGACACUUUAGUUUGGGGGGGGUUAGACCGUUUAUUGGACUUGGCAGUCAGUGUGUGUCUAUCAAACACCUGCUUUAGGACAGACGACCGUGCCGACGCACAGCCCGUGAAGUUUGUCUGGAUAUUGCUGCUGCUCGGCCUUUAAUCCACCUAACAAGCCCAGCCUGUAGGCUGUAGGUUUAGUUAAUUGUACUCAGCAGACCGAGUUUGGGCAGGCUCAAGGUCAAAGACUACAGUAUGUUUUCCUCACUUUCCAAAGGACAUUGAGAGGUGGUCUCAUUGAGGUCUUGGAAGUAAUGAGGAGAUGUGGCUUAUUACUCAUAGGUUAUCACAAUUAUGAUUCUUGCUUUAACUUUCAGGGCUUAGGUCACGACGCAGAAUUAGGUUUAAAUUAAAUUUACAUUAUGAUUUAAGGCAACAGGGUAAUAUUGCCCUGUUUCUGAUCAAACAGCAGCCUGUUCAAAAGAGUAUUUUAAUUAGACUAUCCAUGUAUUUUCCAAACUGCUCCUUUUCGUCAAAGUCUGACUUUGGCUCGAUCACCUCACCGUUUUUAACGGAGAACGGCACCGCUUUGCUGGAGUACCGGGGCCACUGCUACCAUGAGCCACGGCAGCAGUAUCCUCCUCCGUGGAAAUGGAGCCUCUACCAGGCGAACCGUCCCAUCACCUCUCCGUCGUCAUCCUGCUUCAACUUACCGGGGAAAGUUCAUCACGACUACCAUGGCUCUUCGUCGGACACUAUAUUCAACACCAGCAAGGACUGCUUUCUGUACGGCGCGUCUGAUCCCCGUUUUCACGCCCAGUCGUUUGUAGAAAACCCGCGGAGCUUCCCCCCCGGCAGAUACACCGCGUUCAGUCCGGACCCACAGCUCCUCUUCCCGGCAGGGCGCAGCAGAGUCCUGCCGCCGGUUUUCGAUCAGUUUUUCGAGUAUGCAGAAGAAGGAGUGGACCCGAAAGCGGAUAUUACACCUGGGAGCCAAGAGGAGAAAGAUACCAAUCGGGCCGAGUGCACGAGCUGUCAUAGCGGGGACAGCAGCGAGGUGAGGGAGGGGUCAGACUCACCCCGGCCUGGGAAGGAGGACGAGGAGGAUGCGCCGUUAUCCAGCGGCAGCGGAGGAGACUACAGCCAUGCACCGACAGAGCCCUGUGUGAGGAGGAAGAAGCGUUGUCCUUACUCUAAGCAGCAGAUCAGAGAGCUGGAGAGAGAGUUUCUAUUCAACAUUUACAUUAACAAGGACAGACGCAUGCAGCUGUCCCGCCAUCUACGCCUGACAGAUCGACAGGUGAAAAUCUGGUUCCAGAACAGAAGAAUGAAAGAGAAGAAACUGAAAAGAGACAGACUGCAGUACUACACAGGAUACCACCUGUUUUGAUGGACAGGUGAGGGAGAAAGAAGUAAGAGACAGUCUUUCUUCCAACCUCAUGUACAGACUGUGUGACAACUCCGGAAACUGUGUCACAGCACUGUAUUUUAGGCAGGUUAAUAGAGACAUAAAUAAAAGACAAACACUGUCAUCUAAGGAGAACCCCAAGGCUCAUGUUUAGGCCCCAUGUUUUUUUCUUGAGUACAAACACACCAUAGACAGUGAAAAAAAACAGCAAGGUCUCUAUUGAAUAUUCUCUCUCUUAUCAAGAAAACAUUCAGAAUGCUCCUUUUGCCUCGUUUGAACCCAACUUCCCUCUGAAGUCAUGUGGCCUACUGUGGACAAAUGAACCCUCUCUGUGCCUCAGGCCUUCAUGUCCUAAUAUAGUAAGGAAUGAGGACAUACAUUAAAAAAACUAAAUAUAGGGAAACAUCAAAUACAGAUCAAGCUCUUGCUUAUCAGUGGAGCCUUCUGUUUUGCAGUUCACAUUUCUCUGAGUAUUUGAUUUGAUUUAUUUGUUUUAUUUUUGGGGUGUUUUGAUGUUGACUUGCACUGCUGACAAUCUAAUGGAGUGAGUGAGUGAGUGUGUGUGUGUGUGUGUGUGUGUGUGUGUGUGUGUGUGUGUGUGUGUGUGUGUGUGUGUGUGUGUGUGUGUGUGUGAGCUUUUAUAAACUGAAAUGAUAUACCACUAUUGAUGUCACAAUUUUUUUUAAUUAUAAAUCCUCUUGCUGUUCAUGUGAAUUUGUUUAUAAGUGACGUGCCUGUGCAAGGUUAAUAACAAAUGACAAUUAUACGAUAACAUUUAGCAAUCUAAUUAGCAUAUAAAUAUAAUCUUUUUUUUUUCAAGCAAAGACAAUCUACAUGAAUUAUUCUUAUGAUUUUUGAUAUUGGUUAUUAUUUUGUUUCUGUGUUUUUAGAAAAACGACUGACUGCAUAAGAAAGACAUAUUAACUGUAUUAAAUCAAACCAAAUAUUGAAUGACAUACCAUUAUUUCAUGCCUGUCUUCUACUUUUGUGUCAAGUGUCCGUCCUUGCAUUUAUUGCACUAUUACUCAGCUUGUAUUUUAAUAUAUUCAUGUCUUAUACUUCAAUACAUACACUUGAAGACAAUGUAUUAAAAUAUUUGACAACCAUAUAUAAUAUCACUAUAAGAGGAACUGUUUGUUGUUGGACUUUGAUGGAGGCAUGUGUAAUCCUUAAUUUGAUGUGAAAACCUUGAUGUAAAAUAAAUUUGAGUUGUGAGGGUUUUAUGAUACGA